AACUGGGGGAAAAAAUAAAACCCUCUGAAUUAUUAAAGACCGAGCCCUACUUAUCACAAUGCAUUGCCUGAAAAGUCUGAGGACAGCUAACCCGGGAAUCUUGCAGCUUUUUAAAAAUGCAGGGAUCUCCGCCAGAGUUGGAGCUGACAUCAUUGUUUUGUCCAGGACGCAACAAGCUGUUUCACUCCCCUGCUGGGCCGCAGCAUCACCACACACCCACAGAGCCUUUCAUGAGCAGAAGGCCCCUGAUGUGGACCAAGGACGCUCAAAAAGCCGGUUGAUGUCCAGUAUGGAGGACCUACUUUUCUACACCAUCACUGAGGGCCAAGAGAUGAUCCCACUGUUCCAGUUCAUCUCUGCUUUGAGAAAAACAGGUUUAUUGACGUCUGACCCUCGGCUGCGUGACUGUGUCCGUCAGAUGCGAAAAUCUGCACGUGACUCUACUGGGCCCGUCAUGAUGGACAAGACGUUAUUCAGAAGGUGCGUCGGCAACAACAUCAUGCUGCUAACCAAGGCUUUCAAAAAAAAGUUCAUCAUCCCAGAGUUUGCAGAGUUCACCCAGCAGAUCGACAGGAUGUAUGACAGUGCACAACAACAGGAGGCAGGACAAGUAGCUGAUUACAUUCCCCAGCUGGCGAAGUUCAGCCCUGAUCUCUGGGGUGUAUCUCUGUGCACAAUUGAUGGACAGAGACACUCUGUGGGUGACACAAAAGUUCCCUUCUGUCUGCAGUCAUGUGUGAAGCCUCUGGAGUACGCCAUCUCUGUGCACGAACUCGGCACUGAGAACACCCACCAGUUUGUGGGCAAAGAGCCGAGUGGAUUAAAGUUCAACAAACUGUCAUUGAAUGAGGAUGAUAAACCACACAACCCUAUGGUGAAUGCCGGAGCCAUCGUCGUCACCUCUUUAAUUAAGCCGGAUGCCAAUCAGGCAGAGAGGUUCGACUUUGUGAUGGAGUUCUUGAAGAGCAUGGCUGGUAGAGAGUAUGUUAGCUUUAGCAAUGCAACUUUCCAGUCUGAGAGAGAAACUGGUGACAGGAAUUAUGCAAUUGGUUAUUACCUCAAAGAGAAAAAAUGCUUUCCUCACAACUCAGAUAUGAUGGCAGCCCUUGACUUCUACUUUCAGUUGUGCUCUAUUGAGGUGACCUGUGAAUCAGGAAGUGUCAUGGCUGCCACGCUGGCCAAUGGAGGUAUUUGUCCAAUCACAGGGGAGCGUGUUCUGAGCGCUGAAGCUGUCCGCAACACUCUCAGCCUCAUGCAUUCCUGUGGCAUGUAUGACUUCUCUGGCCAGUUUGCCUUCCAUGUGGGCCUGCCUGCUAAAUCUGGCGUCUCAGGUGCCGUUCUGCUUGUGGUCCCCAACGUCAUGGGUAUGAUGUGUUGGUCCCCACCUUUAGACAGGCUUGGAAACAGUGUGCGUGGCAUUCACUUCUGUCAGGAGCUGGUGUCUUACUUCAACUUCCAUAAUUACGACAACCUGAGACACUUCACCAAGAAACACGACCCCAGAAGAAAAUCAGAUGACGACCCUAACAAGUCAGUGGUAAACCUGAUGUUUGCAGCCUACAGCGGUGACCUCUCUGCUCUGAGGAGGUUUGCCCUUUCAGCUGUGAACAUGGAACAGACAGACUACGACUCUCGAACAGCUCUCCACAUCGCCGCUGCAGAAGGUCAUGUGGACGCGGUUAUCUUCCUAACUGAAGUCUGUAAAGUGAACCCCUUUAUGAAAGACAGAUGGGGGAACACACCUGUAGAUGACGCCAUGCAGUUUGGCCAUGCUGUUAUUGUUUCAGUACUGGAAGAGUACCAGCGUGUGUAUGCUGAUAACGACCCACCGAGCGACACGGAGGAGCAGAAGACCACACUGGAUACGGUUAUUGUACAUGUAAAAGAUCCUAAAAGUUAAAAAAGGUCAAAGUCGGCACCAUCAGAAGCUCCUCACUCCCACAUGGGGGAGAAUACUGCUGUGACACUGGACAGUAUGAGAAAACUGAGGUGUUUCAGCAUUAAAGCAUGUAAACCUUUUAUAGUAGAUCUACCUGAACAUGAGCAGAAUAUGUCUCCUUUUUUAUGUGCUUAUGUGCUUGUUAGUAUACAGUGUACUGAGAAAGUCAACCACCAUUUUAAAAAUGGUUGAACUCUGCUAUAUGAGCUGCUAAUUUAUGCUAUGUAAUUUAUGCUAUGUAAUGUUCUAUUCUCUUUAAUCAACUCAAAUUAAUGUAUUUUAUUUAUUAUGUUUAUUUUCAUUUAACUCUGUGAAAUUAUUCCUGAGCACGUCACUGGAAAUAUGUAUCAUCCUGCUGUAAAUAAAAGAGAAAUGUUAAA